UUGCAGACGCUAAACGCGGCGCAUUCAGACUCUAAACAUAGCCGCAUCUACCUUUAACUCUAACUCCAUAAUUUCAUAAGUGAAAAACAACACACAUCGUUAAAAUACACGCUCAGAUAAUAUCUGUGUCCCAAAUUUAUUUGUACAUCAAAAACUCCGUAAGCUCACAACGUAAAGUGAAAUCAAAACAAAGAUAUCGAUUUGACUAUGAAAAUGUUUAAAUUAAUGAUUGACUAUCAACACUGUGAGCCCUUAAUUGACAUGUUUUGUUUACAUUAUCGAAGAAGACAAUGACUUGGCAAGCACAUAAAGAAAAAUUUGCACUCAUGAAAUAAACAAUGGUUCUUUAGUUGUAAAUAGCCUCAUCGCUUCCAUCUUCCUUCCAUCUAACAAGUGCCUCUUUACAAUAAUACAGUAAUAUUAAGUGAAAAUAACUACGCUUGUAUCAAUCGAAGUGCCAAAAUAUGUCUCACGGAGCAGUGAAGAGUCCUAAGAAUGGGAGUACACAAGUGGAGGCAUCUAGCGAGGGCUCUGAGAGUCUGUCUCCGCCGCCGGAUGGAGGAUGGGGGUGGAUGGUGGUCCUCGCCUCAUUUCUCAUUCAUAUAGUCACCGACGGCAUGACGUAUUCUUUCGGAGUAUUCUAUUCAGAAUUCUUAAACUACUUCAACGAAGGAAAAGGCAAGACGGCAUGGAUCAUGUCCAUCCUGGUUGGAGUAACUUUAAGUUCAGGCCCAAUAUCUAGUUCGUUCGUCAACCGCUGGGGUUGUCAGACAGUAACAGUGGCUGGUGCGCUACUCUCUUCAGUGUGCAUCGUAGCUUCAGCAUUCGCUAACAACGUAACCACCCUUAUAUUUACCAUCGGAGUUGGCGCAGGAGUUGGUUUUGGCUUCAUUUACCUCCCCGCUAUCGUCAGUGUCACUGUGUGGUUCGAGAAAUACAGGAGUUUGGCCACAGGGAUAGCAGUAUGCGGCUCAGGACUAGGAACUUUCCUCUUUGCUCCGAUAACUUCUGCCCUCAUAACAAACUACGGAUGGCGGGGUGCAAUGGCAAUCAUCGGUGCAUUUGUCUUAAAUUGUAUACCUUUAGGAAUAAUGUUCCGACCUGUACCCGAACGACCCAGAACUCCAGUCACGGAGCCAAUGCUACCGGAAGCAAACUUAUCACCGCUUAAAAGGUCUCAAAGUUCAGAAUACGUUGUAAAAGCAAAUGGAAAAACAAACUAUGAUGUCGCCAGACUUACACUAUCGCAAUCAGACUUAAACUCAAGUGAGCAAAGACGGAUGGGAUCCAGACAAGGAAGUGGCAUCAUGCAAAGACCUGAUGUUUUAUAUCAGGGAAGUAUGACAAGCUUAGCAAGAUUCAGGGCAGCUUCUGUUGAAAGACAAAUCACAGUUAAAAGAGAGGAAAAAGAACCCCGAUGUGGCUGGCUGCCUUGUUCAGAAGACAUGAAGUCGGCAUUAUCUGAGAUGCUUGAUAUUUCACUUCUGAUUGACCCAAUUUUUAUAUUAUUCUCAAUAUCUAAUUUCCUGACGAGUAUAGGAUUUUAUAUCCCAUAUUUAUAUACUGUUCCAUUGGCUGAGAAGCUAGGUAUAGAGAAUCCGCCAUACCUGAUAUCAAUAAUUGGAGCUUCUAACUUAGUCGGGAGAAUAGUUCUAGGAUACAUUAGUGACAAGCCUUGGGUCAAUCGCCUUUUGGCAUACAAUAUUUGUCUCACUCUGGCAGGCAUAAGUACAGCUCUAGCAAUGGCGUGCAGUACCUUUUGGGGAUUAGCGCUGUAUGCCACAGUGUUCGGUUUUACCAUUGGUGCCUACGUUGGCCUCACCUCAGUGGUUUUAGUAGACCUCCUUGGACUAGAAAAGCUCACAAAUGCUUUUGGACUUCUUCUGCUUUUCCAAGGUCUCGCAUCACUUAUAGGACCACCUUUUGCAGGAUGGCUGUACGACAACUAUAAUUCGUUCGCGCCAGGAUUUUACGUUGCGGGCGCGACCAUAUCGCUGAGUGGGCUAAUCUUGUUCCUGAUACCACUUAUUGAGAGGCGAUCGAAUAGAAAGAGAUGGCACCAGGAUUCUGUACUGGAAGACAUUUAGCAGAAGACAUUUAGAGGGACCAAUCCAGUCAUUGUACUCAACAGUCCCUCAACCUCCUCUCUGAGCCCUUCAGAGGAUACAUAUAGCAACAGGGUAUAUACUGUAGAUAAUAUUGAUAUAGAAGAUAAAGAAUAUGAGGAUAUUGAAUGUGAUGCAGACCAUAAAGCUCAUU